GGAUAUUCGGACGUGAAAACGCGCUGGAAUUGGAAAAGGUGUCGGUCUUUCACGUAACGGGGUUGAGAAACAUCAUUGGCGGGUGUCAACAAUAACCUCGUCUCUCUACGAGUUCACCUUCCAUUUGAACAAGACUGCUACCUGACAAGGACUUGCCCCUACAAGUGAAACCUCCUACAACACAAAUAAAGUUGACUUAAAAAUGACUACUGCUGCCCGACCCACUUUUGAGCCAGCUAGAGGAGGGAAGGGAAAAGGUGAAGGAGACCUCAGUCAACUUUCAAAACAGUAUUCAAGUCGGGACCUUCCUUCACAUACUAAAAUCAAAUACAGGCAACCAACCCAGGAUGUCCCUGAAGAGCUGCGUAGUCGUGACUUCCGCAGGGAACUGGAGGAGAGAGAACGAGUGGCAAUACGUGAGAAGAAUAGGGACCGACCACCCAGAGAACACACAACAUCAUCUUCAAAGAGGCCGCGUCUGGAUCAGAUACCUGCAGCAAACCUUGAUGCUGAUGAUCCGUUGACAGAUGAAGAAGAGGAGGAAAGUUCUGAUAGAGACAGUAGCAGUGAAGAUGAUGAUGAUGACGACACUGCUGCCCUUUUGGCUGAGCUAGAGAAAAUUAAAAAAGAACGUGCUGAAGAGCAAGCACGCAAGGAGCGUGAACAAAAAGCUGAAGAGGAACGAAUUAGAAUGGAAAAUAUUCUUAGUGGCAACCCUCUACUGAACCUCAUUGGACAGUCAAACUUCAAAGUGAAGCGGAGGUGGGACGACGACGUAGUGUUCAAGAACUGUGCGAAAGGAAUAGAUGAGUCAAAGAGGGAUAAAAGAUUUGUGAAUGAUACACUUCGUUCAGAAUUCCACAAGAAGUUUAUGGAAAAGUACAUUAAGUAAUUAACAUUAAAUACUCUGUUCACUGGUUGCAGGAAACUUAAUUUUCUCUCCUGAGGACUACAAACUCUAUUUUCCUCUAUUUGUUGCCGUGGAUCUUGUGUCAACUAAACGUAAGGCAAUCAACAUCUUUGAAGUUUCUUUCAGUCCUGCUCUUAGGUAUCAAGAUAUCAAGAAAUAAUGGUACAUUUCUUCAUGAAGCACCUGAUUUCUACUUCAUUGCAUCCUGUUGCUUCACAGAUGACAUCUGUAUGUCUUGAAACUUCUGGCGAAUAUCUGAUUGUAUGUUAUGAGCAAUACCACGAGAUGUUAAAAAUAGAUUGCAAUUCUUUUGGUGUAGGGCAGGCUUUAAGGAUGUAACUUCCAUCUUUCAACCUAGUAAGUCAGGAAUAAAACAUUUCGUUAUUUGACUUUAUCCUGAUUUUAAAAAUAAAUUUUACUAUUAAAAUCAA